AAUACCUACAUAUUUUGAAAUUCUAAAAUAAUAAAUAAUAAUAAUAAUAAUUACAUUCUUUAGAGACAAUUGAUCAAUACUGAAAAACAAAUAGGGAACUGAAAGAUUUAUGGAUAACCAGGUUUAUAAUUAUCUAAAGUCCAUUUACAUUUUGUUAGGUUAAUUUUUUUUUUUAUUAUUAUUCUUUUAAGGAUAUUGAAAUCAAUGAAGCAUUUGAUUUAAUGGACACAAAUGGGCAAAUGGAAAUUAGCACAAGAGAUUUUAAAUUUGCAAUAAAGGCAUUGGGAUUGGAACUUCCUAGAGAUCAAUACAUACAGUUACUAUCUAAAAUUGAAAAAGACCAAAAAGGUUAUAUAAAAAAGAAAGUAUUCAUUGAAGAAAUGCGUAAAAUAUUACAGAAAAGAGAUGUUAAGAUUGAUUUGAUUAAAGCUUUUCAAUUAAUUGAUGAGGAUGAUACAGGCAAAAUAGAUUUUAACAAUCUAAAGAAUGUUGCCGAUAUACUAGGGGAAAAAGUAUCUGAUGAGGAAAUCAUCAAUAUGUUAAACGCUGCAGAUGAAGAUGGAGAUGGACAAGUGAACCUUACAGAGUUUAUGAGGAUUAUAGAUAAAGCUAGAAAAGUGUUAUAA